AUGAAGCUAGUUUUAGCAACAUUUCUAGUGGCAUCCGUGGUUACAACCGUUUUCGGACAUGAAAAUAAGUUGAAAUCGGUCAAUCAAAUACAACAUAUUCCAAAUGAGCUGCUGGAAAAGGAAUUCCACAAAGAAUUUCUUCUGUUCCAACGUACUGGCCUGAAGUCUCCCCGUUUGAGGAGAAUCAUAAAUGCUUGGAAGUUCACGAAAGAGGACCGUCGGGAUCUCGCAUCGCCACGGGAUAUUCCGAUUGAAAAGGAAGAGACUUUCUGCGUGAUGUGUCGUUCGAUCGUUUCCCAACUGAUCCAGCAACGCCAGGACGGAGCCACACGGCAAGACCUUUUUGAUGUGGCAUAUGAACUAUGUACGAUGCUGCAGAUUCAGGAGCCGGACAUCUGCUACGGUGCGAUCGACGUGAAUAUAGACUUCUUCAUUCAUAUUUUCGAUGAUCGUCCGAACUUGGACGCUGGCAGUGUUUGCGGAGUACUUUUCGAAAAUUCUGCUUGUCAAAUUAACAAUACGGCUUUUACCCACUGGGCAGUGAAUAUUGAUCCAAAUGGCAGACCUAUAACUGAAUCCAAGCACUUCCCAGGUGCACGAGGUCCGAACGAUAUUAAGAUCUUGCAGGUUACCGAUUUUCAUUACGAUUCCAACUAUCGCGUUGGUCACAACGCCAACUGCAACCGACCGGUUUGCUGCCGAAGUGAUUUGGAAAUCCCGGAUAAUAUCGAAGACCGUGCCGGUCGUUGGGGAGAUUAUCGAGACUGCGAUACUCCGUGGGACACCGUCGAGGAAGUGAUCAAUCAUAUGGCAGAAAACCAUCCGGAUGCUGCCUACGUUUACCACACCGGAGAUAUCAUCGAUCAUGGCGUUUGGGAAACCUCCGUCAGUCACAAUAUAGAGUCGAUGAAUCGCUUGCACAACAAACUGCUAGAAGUUUUCCCGAACAAACCGGUUUACAACAUUAUCGGCAAUCACGAAGCUCAUCCGACGAAUGUGUUUGCACCGACCGCAGCCAAUCGCCCGGACCUGGCAAUGGAUUGGUUGUACAGUUAUCUGGCGGAUGUUUGGGGAAACUGGUUGCCCAGAUCUACCCGGAACACUAUCCAGCAAGGUGGAUUCUACACCGCGCUUGUACGCCCCGGCUUCCGAAUCGUUGCAUUGAACAACCAAGACUGCUACACCUUCAACUGGUGGAUUCUCUGGGAUCCGAGUCAUCUUUCCGUCCAACUGCAAUGGUUGCAUGACAUCCUGCUGCUGGCGGAGCAGAACAACGAAAAAGUUCACCUGCUAGCCCACAUUCCGUACAGCUCUUCCGGUUCGAUAUUUUCUCCCUGCCAGCGGGAAUUCCGGCGCAUCGUCGAGCGCUUCUACGAUACGGUCAGUGCUCAAUUCCAUGGACACACGCAUCGAGAUGAGUUCAACGUUUUCUACUCACAGGAAAAUCCACAGUACGCCAUCAACGUGGCCUGGAACGGUGGCAGUGCCACCCCGUUCAGCUUCGUCAAUCCAAACUACAUGGUUUACUAUGUGGAUCCGGAAACUUACCAAGUUACCGAUUUCGAGUCGUACAUCUUCAACCUGACCGACGCCAACCACUUCCAGGAUCGACGACCGGAAUGGAUCCGGCUGUACUCGUUCGCCGAGGAAUUCCAGAUGCACAAUCUCAGUCCGGCCGAAGCGGAUACGAUGGUUAAGCGGUUGGGAACGCCGGCAGGGCGCACCGAACUGCACCGCUAUUGGCAGUUCACGGUCAAAAUGGGCGACCCGGAGCUGGAGCGGGGUUGCGAUGAUAACUGCUUGCUGAACAAUUUGUGCGACAUUGUCCGGGUGGAACGGGGUGACGAUCUGAAGUGUGACGAACUGAGGGAGACGUUUUUUGACUGA